AUGCUCGGGAGGAAAUCCAUACGCAUCAAUGGCGCCGACUGCGGCGUCGAGGCUCUCAUCCUCGGCGCCAUCACGGCGAUAGGCGGCUUCCUCUUCGGCUACGACACCGGCCAGAUCUCGGGCAUGCUGAUCUUCGAGGACUUCAAGGACCGCUUCGGCCAGGAGGAUACGCCCGAGGGGAGAGACUUUAUCCCCAUCAUCGAGUCGCUCGUCGUGUCGCUGAUGAGCAUCGGGACUCUCUGCGGAGCUCUCACGGCCUCCUACACGGCGGACUGGUGGGGCCGCAGAAAGAGCCUCACAUUUGGCGUCUGCGUCUUCAUCGUCGGGUGCGUCAUCCAGCUGACGGCGGUGAGCUCGUGGGUGCACCUCAUGAUGGGCCGGUUCACGGCCGGGCUGGGGAUCGGCAACCUGUCGGUCGGGGUGCCCAUGUUCCAGUCCGAGUGCUCGCCGCGCGAGAUCCGCGGCGGCGUGGUGGCGUCGUACCAGCUGCUCAUCACGCUGGGCAUCCUGGUGGCCAACUGCGUCAACUACGGCGUGCGCGAGAUCGAGGACUCGCCCGCGUCCUGGCGCGUCGUCGUCGGCCUGGGCAUCGCCUUCUCGGCGCCCCUCGGCCUCGGCGUCCUGCUGGUGCCCGAGUCGCCGCGCUGGCUGGCCGCCCGGUCCGACUGGGACGGCGCCCGGGUGUCCAUGGCCCGCCUGCGCGGGCUCAAGCACGAGCCGCAUCACCCCCUGGUCGAGGACGACAUGCGCGAGAUGCGCGGCAUCCUCGAGAAGGAGCGCGCCGUCGGCGUCGGCGGCUGGUCCGAGUGCUUCGUCCCGCGACGGAACGGCGUGCCCAGGCAGGUCUACCGCACCAUCCUCGGCGUCGCCAUCCACUUCCUGCAGCAGUGGACCGGCGUCAACUACUUCUUCUACUACGGCGCCACCAUCUUCGAGAGCGCCGGCAUCGACGACCCCAUCCGCACCCAGCUGAUCCUCGGCGCCAUCAACGUCGGCAUGACCUUCUUCGGCCUCUACAUCGUCGAGCGCUUCGGCCGCCGCUGGCCCCUCAUCAUCGGCGCCGCCUGGCAGGCCGCCUGGAUGGCCGUCUUCGCCGCCGUCGGCACCGCCCUCGACCCGGUCGACAACAGCACCUCGGGCAUCGUCAUGAUCGUGGCCGCCGCCAUGUUCAUCGCCUCCUUCGCCAUGACCUGGGGCCCCAUCUGCUGGGUCGUCAUCGGCGAGACCUUCCCGCUGCGCACCCGCGCCAAGCAGGCCUCCAUCGCCACCGCCAGCAACUGGUUGGGCAACUUCAUGAUCUCGUUCCUCACGCCGCUCGCGACCUCGGGCAUCUCGUACGCCUACGGCUUCGUCUUCGUCGGCACCAACAUCGCCGGCGCCCUGGUCGUCUACUUCUUCCUGUACGAGUCCGUCUCGCUCUCGCUCGAGAAUGUCGAUGCCAUGUACGCCCAGCCCCUCGUCCGGCCCUGGACUAGCCACAAGUGGCUGCCCGAGGGCUACUUCACCCGCAUGCGCCGCGACGAGGACUUCUUCAAGGCCCGCAGCCAGGAACCCGGCAGCGGUACCAGGCACACCGAGAACGUCAGUGACCGGGGAGCGGGGGCAGGAGCCGGUGGUCUGGAAAAGCAGUCGAGGCCUGGGUGGGCAGAGACCGAGAAUACCACAGGCGGAAACAACAACGAGAAGAUCAACAGGGUCGUCUAAUUAGUACUGUGUUUUGUGUCAGCAUGCUCCUUUCUUUUUUUUCAUUGGAAUCUUGGGUUUCUCGGUUAGGU